UCUGCCAACAAAGAUUCCCCCUCCACCAGAUGCCUCCAUCCCACCUAUUCCCCCCUAAUAAUCGGCAAUGCCACCCAGCAUUCGUCGACACGCGCGCGCGCACAAGCGUCGCGCGUCCCCCAUCCGACGGGCGCCUGCGCCUUCGAUCGGCCAAGCGCCACCGUCGCUGGUGCCGCUGGGAGCGCCGGCGUCGCGUCGCCCCUCCGACGCCCUCCGUGGCUUCCCGGCGCUCAUCAUCCACGCUAGCCACCACCGCCGGAAGCAUCGCUGCAGUGUCUAUUCCGGCCGGGCGGGCCCCGUGCCGCCCAGCCCCCGCUGACUUCGCGUGCGGGGGACCACGGCCGGCGCACACCACCGCCAUGGUCGACCUCGGCGGGUACGUCAUAAUCCUGGUCGAGACCACAGAGCGGAAGAUCAGGCUCUACGGUUCUCCAGCCGAUCGGGCGGACCUGGAGGUUGGAGAUGAGAUCUUGGAAGUGAACGGCCGAUCGCUCGAAGACUGCACGCACGGGGAGGUCAUUUCUCAUAUACAUCAGUGUAUACGUUCGAGGACGAUAUGUCUACGAGUGCGGCGACGUGCGCGGCUCGGUGAGUUGCCGCUGGACUUGGCCCAGAGCAGCAGCCAUGUGCAAGAGGCCUUUGUCAUUGCCGUGGAACAACAGGCGCGGGAGCGUCUGGAGCGGCUGUCGGCCCUCAAGAGGAUCAAGCCCGUCGACAUGACCAAGCUCUCCCAGGAGCUGAACGCCGCGGGUCUUCCAGCCACCAGUCCGACUCCCCAGCCCACCCUCUCUUCCUCUUCUUCCCUGCGCUCGGACAACAACGGACUCGUCCUCGUCGGUUCCGAGGCCAGUCCCAUCUACGUCACCUCCGUACCCCAACUGCAUCGACUGCAGCAUCGACGGAUGCCAUCAGGACAUUCGGAAGGUGCACCUGAGGCUCAUCCGCCAGCUUGCCUGCAGACGUCCCUAGAGUCCAGCGAGCCGGACCAAGAACUAGAGUUGAAACAGGAGAUCUCGGACGACGAUCCCAUGAUAGCAUCGCCUCCGGUUCCCACACCGCGCAAGUCUCUUCAUAGCCCUAGUUCGCCCGAAGAAAGCACAAUGAGCGGCCCCCACAGAGAAAUGGCCGUGGACGUCCCGGAUUCCUUCGUGGGUGUCGCCAAAACUGCCCCUCGCUAUCCCCCUCCUCGCCCCUCAGUGCCACCCCCAAAGCCUUCGGGUUCAUCCAGAAGUUCGCCUGCCCGAGAACCUCCCCUCACGAACGGCCGAGUAAACGGAGUAGUUCCGACGGAUGAGCAGCUCGACCGCAUUAGGAAAUAUCAGGAUGAACUGCGCCAGCGCAGAGAAGAGGGUGAACGACAAGCACAGGAGGAGGAAUUCUUGCGAUCCUCGCUACGGGGCUCGAAGAAGCUGCGUGCCCUGGAGCAGAACCCGCCGGAACUUCCGGUUGUAGGUGUCGACAACACUGCCUUCGAGAUCGACGACACCACGGUAGCUGCGGAGCCACAGCGGCAGAGUCCUCCGACGCGUCUCUACCGUUCGGAGGAGCUGCUGGAAUCGUUGUCAAAGCUCGAGAAAGAGGCGACGCGAGUCCCCGCACCCGAGAUGGCCGCUGUCGCUGCGUUACUGUGUGACCCGGGCUUCCACAAAUCCCUGGCAGUGAGCAACAAGGUCCAGGAAAUCUGGUGCUAUAAUCGGCCACCCACCCCUGCCUGCCAGCACUCGCACCAGGUGGCGCAAGAGGUCAUGGGAUUGCUUCAGGACUGCACUUCUCCCGAGGCAACGCAGCUACUAGACAUACUCAGCCAACUAGAAAUGGACUGCCUUUUACAAAGCCACGAUGCCAUUGCAUCACGUUGCCACGUUGCUGCAGACACAGCCACGUCCCCACUCUCAGAUGCUCACGAAGCUUUGGACCGUGCCUCGCAUUACACGGAAGACAGCAUCAAGAUUGUGCGAAUCGACAAAACAAACGAACCCUUGGGGGCUACGGUGCGGAACGACGGCGAAUCUGUGAUCAUUGGCAGGAUAGUCCGCGGUGGAGCGGCGGAAAAGAGCGGGCUUCUACAUGAGGGUGACGAAAUAUUAGAAGUGAAUGGCAUUCCAAUGCGAGGGAAAUCUGUGAAUGAAGUGUGUGACCUCCUGGCAACCAUGACGGGCACUCUGACCUUCCUCAUUGUGCCGAGCGGGAACUGCGAGCCUCCUCGGGAGCCCACAACGACCAUGGUUCAUGUUAAGGCGCACUUCGACUACGAGCCAGAGGACGACCUGUACAUUCCGUGUCGAGAGUUGGGGAUUCCUUUCCAGAAGGGCGAUGUCUUGCACGUGAUCAACCAGGAAGAUGCAAACUGGUGGCAAGCAUAUCGCGAAGGAGAGGAAGAUCAGACGUUAGCUGGUCUGAUCCCUUCGAAAGCAUUCCAGCAACAGCUCUCUCUGUGCAGGCGCGAGGCCGUGAAAAUGUCCAUGCUCGGAGGAGACGGCAACAACAAGGAAAAAUCAAAAAAGGGCAAGUUCCUGUGUGCAAAGAAGCAUCACAAGAAGAAGAAACAGCAGAAACAAAGGCUGGGUUCUACAGCGAGCGAAGAGUUUGACGCGGAACAGGUGCUUACUUACGAGGAGGUCGCCCUGUAUUAUCCGAGGGCAAAUUGCAAGCGGCCAAUCGUCCUGAUUGGCCCAUCAAACAUUGGCCGACACGAGUUACGGCAGAAGUUGAUGGAAGACACUCAGAGAUUUGCGGCUGCUGUGCCUCACACGAGCAGGCCCAAAAAGGAGUCCGAGGUCGACGGAGUGGACUACCACUUCAUCGGACGGCCGCAGUUCGAGGCAGACAUCCUCUCCGGAAAGUUUGUGGAGCACGGAGAAUACGAGCGGAACUACUACGGCACCAGCAUAGAGGCCAUCCGCGCCGUCGUCAGCUCCGGGAAGACCUGUGUUCUCAACUUGCAUCCGCAGUCGCUGAAGACCCUCAAGUACUCCGACUUGAAACCGUACGUCGUGUUCGUUGCACCUCCUUCGCUCGAAAAACUUCGCCAGAACCGGGCGCGGAUGGGGGUGCCCGUCAAGGAAGAGGAGCUCCGCGAGACCAUCGAGCGUGCUCGGCAGAUGGAAGAGAACUACGGCCACUACUUCGACAUGGUCAUCAUCAACUCGGACAUUGACAAGGCAUACGGCGAGCUGCUCCGCGAGAUCAACAUCCUGGAGAGGGAACCGCAGUGGGUGCCCAGCAUCUGGCUCAAGAACGACGCAAGCUGAGCACAGACGACGAGCGCGCGCCAUCUUCAGAGUCCGCGGAAGAGUGCCCAUGAUGCAACGUUGAUGCAUCGUUGCUCUCCAGUGGGGGGAGUAUAUUUUUGUACCAUAUAUACGCGUGUACCUAAGCACGGAGUGCAAUGACGAGAUAGCCACAAAUGGACGUUUUCGACGGUCUUCCGCCGCAUGCGCUCGGAGGGUUGUCGCUCGCGGAGCACGUCCGGGAGUCUCUCUGGAGUGUCAUUCCCGGAGGGGGGGAUCUUCGGACCUUUACAGCCUUACCGCAUUCCGAGGGGAAUCGAGUGGUGUGUUUCUUUUUGUGUUUAGCGCUUUCGAGUACUAUGCAUUAGAACUGUUAACGUUGCCGAGACAGAGAAGCAAGAGCGUGUGACUCGUAGGCGCAAAGCAGACGUACGUAGGACAGGAGGGGGACGUUUUCUUUUUUGUGCUUUUAUCGUCACUGAAGAAGAGAUGCAAAGUACUCACAGGCUUGCUUGCACAUAGGCAGAGGUUGCUGUCUCAUGCCAGCAUUUGUUUGUUAAGGCAAAAGUACGGAAAAUUUGCUGCAGCCAAUGGCGUACUGGGAGCUGCAAGUGACCAUGCCAAAGGAGACGUCUUAACGUGCGAGUUUAAUGGACAAGGGAAUCUUCCACGUGCGUACCCUGCCUGCUAAUUGCACUUUGUUUCUGCUCACGCUUUCACCGCGGAACUUGUCUGUGAAUGGGUCAAGUUGUAGUGGUUAAUGAGCUGCGAUUGAACUGGAAUCGACCUGGCAGCUUACGUUGAUAUCUUCGAGAAUGGCUUUACGUAUUUUAGCUUUUAACUAGAGCGUUAUUUACAUCAUCAUCGUUGAUUACAUCACUGGCGUACGUGCACUUUUUUUUUUUACUGGUGAUACAAAUAACAUUCCCACGUUCCACCGCGAGAGGGCUUCCCCUUAGAACCACACAUACCGAAGCUAUGUGCAUGUUUUUACCGCAGCAACAAUACGUUGUCGUAGAUUUUAGUGCAUUUUGCUUUCUUUAUAUAUAUAUAUAUAGACUUUAAGUAUCGUUUUUAAAUGUGCGAAAAAGACCAUCCCGCACAGUUGAGCGUAUGCCACUGGCCGCAGCGAUGACGGAAACGCCGCUUGCAAAUCCGCGUGCCGCGGUUGUCUCUGCCUCACGAGCCACUGAGGGGUUGAGACAGGAUGGUGUGCUUGGUGCCAAGGAGAGUGCCACAAAAAAAUGAAUGCCGUAUGAAAGAAGAAAUAAAAACUCCUUCCCUCUCUACCACUACAUCCCUCACUCACGAGCAAACAACCCAUUUUUCUAUCGUAGGUUCCCGUGGUGUAAAUACGCAUGUUCGUUUUAUCCGAAGAUGGGUGCUGCAAAACAUAGAUUCGUGUCAAGUGUUGAGACCACAUGUUAAUGUAACCACUUUGGGCUUGGUUUGUAAAGAUUGUGUAUCCACAGUGGUUUUGAAUUUGAAAGCGGCACUAGACUAUAGAGGUUUUAUAAAAGUGGAAUAAACCAGAGUUUUCAGUA